AUGUAUAGAAACUGAAAAGUUUAGAUAUUUAUAAGGCCCAGAAGAAACUUACAUCCUCUGGAGGGGAAAUACUACGUAUAUUUUAUUGUUUUCAUUGAAUACUAUUUAUAUUUAAUUAGCCCUUGUUCUUAUGAAAUGAUUUCCUAAUUACCAGCAAGAAGGAAACUGGUCACUUACUGCUGCACCCCUACAUGCCUUCCUUGGAAACUGCAGUGCUGACUUUCUGUGUAUCACCUGGUUGUGACUCCAGAAGUGGGCUCAGGAAACCCCUGUUGACUUUCACGCAGGGAAAAAAUCCUUCCAAACGCUCUGGUGGGGGGUGGGAGAGUUUCAGUAAAUUUCACAGUAACAAGGAUGAACGCUCCUCAGGGAGCCUCUUAGUGAAAUUCUGAUUCUAGAGCCAACCACACAAUGGUGGUGGGAGGAAUCCCUUUGGAAAUCCCUGACUUCCCAUCCGAAAAAAUCUGACCCUAACAGUCACCGCAGUUGCUGACGCCUCAGAGGACUGCUAAACCCAAAGGCCCACUCCUCUCCAUCUAUUUUAAGGUAAACAUUUCAGUAAUGGGUCAUUCUGGGAAAAAAAACCAAAAACCAAAAAUCUCUUAAUGUUGAGUUUCUUUUAACAUCAUUUGAGACAGAAAAGGGCCUCCAUUCUGCAGGGAGACCCCCGGGAGGGCAGGCACCUUUAGUGCUGUGAGACCGUCUCCCAGAAACGCUGCCCAGAGCCUCCUAGAGGGGGCAGCGGAGGGCUCCCGAGCCCCUGAUGCAGCCUUGCUGCUCCUCGACAGCGUAGCUGAAGAUCUUGGUGUCAGAAACAACAUCGCUGAUGGUGGUGGACAGGGACCUGCUGGCCCGCUUUGGGCUGUAUGGCAGGUGAUCUCAGUGGAGUGGUGUCUAAGAGGCCUCGUGAUUCCUCCCGGUGAGAGUGCGAGGCUGUACCAUGCUGAGACCAUCCCCGGCUCUGCCAACUUGCUCUGUCUGUAAUGUGAGCAGGGAGACGGCGGAGACGACAGAAUAGGAUAGGGCCACAGAAUACGAGAGGGCCUCCACUUCUUGCUGGAAGGGGCCCCUCAGAAGGACACAAUUUAAUAACGUGUGUGUGUUGGAAAAGUAACAUAAAGACCACUUGAAUCAUGACUUUUGAGAUGACUGAGUUUUAUUCUUUCUGGGGCCAGCUGGAAUAAGAACCAGUUCUACCCCAGGUGCGAGUUGAACAUCCCAAAUUUGAAACUGAAAAUGCUCCAAAAUCUGAAACAUUUUGAGUGCUGACAUAAUGCUCAUUGGAUCCUUUCAGAUUUGGGGUUUGGGGAGUUGAAAUGUAAGUAUAAAUGCAAGUAUUCCAAAAUUCAAAAAACGGGAAGUCCUGAAGAGCUCAAGCAUUUGGGAGGAGGGCUACUCAGCCUCUAGCCAGACAGCUUCCUUGUUGGCACAGCAGAGAUGGGUCCCUUGCUGCUGGGGGCGCUGCUGGCUGCUUUCCAGUGUAUCUAUUUCAUCAUGGAGAUGUCUCUCUUGCUUAACUGAGGUUAUAACAAAAUGUAUACUUAUCAAACAGUCUUUCAGGCCUUGAACUGAUUUCAUAGGACUUUUCAGCGCAGAGGUCCAAAUUUAAGGUUUUAAAAUGCAUUUUACUGAUUGCAUGACUUCCCUUCAGUCUGUGAUGAUUAAUUACAUAAAGAUGACUUUCAGGAUGGAGGCUCCUGUACACCGCAGGACGGUCCAGCCAGAGAAAGAACUAGGGAGCUCUGAGACCCCUUUCUAGGCCAAGAAGAAAGUUUACUCCAUUGGAUUUCUAGGGGCUCUGUCUUCUGUAUCUUACAGAAGCAGUGUUAAACGAAUAAGCCAACUGAGACAGCCAGUUCUCAGAUUUUAUUUCAGACGUGAGGUUCGUGUGUAUUUCUAAUCCGAUAGAGAAGUUUGUCUUAGAUUUGCUCUCCCUCUCCUUUGUAUGACUCAGCUGGCCGGAAAGACUACAGUCUUCAGGGUCGGUGCCCUUCACUGAUGCAGCUUCACAGCUUUUCCAGUUUGAGUCACCCUUACAUUGUGGUCCUUUCCCUGGCCCUGGACUGGGCACCACUGGACAGCAGGAUGGGGGCCUGGGGUGAGCACCUGUCAGUGUGGGCAUGGCUGGGUGAACACACGGGACCCUUGUGUCCUGCCCAGCCAUUGUCUAUGACCUAUCCUGGGGAUCAGAGCUUCAGGAUACUAAAAAACCUUCUUAAUAUUACAUUCCCCAGGCAUCUUAUGACAAUUCUGUGCACAUAGGGAGUGUGCCAACAUUUUAUUGUGAAAGAUAUCUGGCAGACAGAUGGAGGGAGAGAAAGAGACGGGGAGAGUUAAACGUCUGGAGUUUCCAGCUUGACACUUUUAUUUCUGAGAAUACUGGGAAAGCCUUUUCAGGGACAGAGUGACAGGAAGAGCAGGGCAUUUACAGUAAGCAGGUAACGCUAUUGCGUAUAAUAAGUAGAACAUCAGAAGAUGCUGGGGAUUAAGUAUCAUUUUAGCAAUCUCACUUGAGAGCUGAACAUGCAUUCUGUAUAAAGAUAAGCCUGGUCAUGUUUUGGAUGGUUUUGUUGUCUACAUUUUUUUCUUUAGAAAGCCAGAAUGAAGUUGCCUUAUGUGGACUCCAAGACCUCUAAGUUUCUUCCCAGUAUGUUAGGGAGUGCCCGUGAAGCGUUUGCCAAUUUAGGCAGGAUAUUUGAUUGUAUUCUAUAAUGCAUCUGCCGGCACUCACAUCUGCCUUCCACAUACUUCAUUCAGUCUUUCCGCUUUGAUUUUCCUUUUGCUGCAUUUAGGCUGUUUGGAUAAUUGCUUCUCUGAGGUUUUUCAGGGUUGUAAUUCUAAGAGUUUAAACAGAUUUAGGAGUUGGCGCCAUUUGGGGUCCUGAAUUCAUGCUGUUGGCUGAAGCUGAUUCCAGAGAAGCAUCCUAACGCCUUUCUACAAAUAGUUGUAACCGAAUUUGAAAUAAUUAACUGGGAAACACUGAAAGAAAACUUGUGAUCUGUUAAUAAAUUAAUAAAACCACACAGUCCAGUCAUGCUUUCUCACUAAAAGGAGUUCUUGAUGCUACUUACACUUUUUAUGUUGAAAACAGGAAAUUGUUGAUACUCGACUGCUUUUGACCUACAGAACUAGUAACUUCAUAUGGUUCAGCCGAUGCGUGUCAGGCCUUAAUGUUUGGUGGUCCCUAUUGCUUGAACUGGGCUCUCCUGAGUCCUCAAAAUCAGGAAAGGAAUAUCGAGAGGGAACAAGAGAAUGGUGAGAGGACGCGGAAACACCUGAUAUCCCAGCAAAGGAAGCUGCAGAGGAAGGGUCCUGCCCCGUGAGCAAGGACGGCCUCCAGGAGCACAGCGGCUUCUCCUGACACCCCCCGGCAGUGAAUUACAGAUGACCCCGUAUAUGGGGAGGUGCGGACACCGACACACUGGGAGAGCUCCUGAGACCAGCGCGCAGGACCAGUGUCCUCCCCGUGACCUUGCAGUUGUGUAGCCACAAGUGGGAGCCACAAAGAAGGAGAGCCCACAGGGGGACUCUUUUCAAGACAUGGGGUUAAAUCGGGGCUCUGAAGUUGGGGCCACAGCCGAUCUCAGCUUUCUGCGUCCUGGGGGUGCGGUGAUAUGAUGGAAUGUGGAGUGAGUGGGUGAGCACGGACUCCUGAAAGGGCGCACCAGAUACCUGGUUAUCCGCUACUGCAGAGAGACACCUGGUCAGCCGGCGUUGCAGAGAGGGGCAGCUAGUCACUCAGACUGCAGAGAGAGACACCUGGUCAGGCAGGCUGCAGAGAGACACACCUUGUCACCCAGGCUGCAGAAACCGCCACAGUCAACUGCAGCUCCAGUCAGUGCUGUAUGUUGGCUGAUGUGGUCUUGCACCGGCUGGAGAUCCAUUCACCAAGACUUUCUGGGAAGAUUUAAAGUGACUGGGGUUCAGAAGUUCAGCAAGAGUUGGACACACCCCUCCUCACUGGAGAGGAGAGGGGAAAGGCGGGGGAUGGGGAUCAGCGUGUGAGAUUCCCCCCCCCCUCACACACACACACACACACACACACACACACAGCAAAAAAGCGUGGACACACAGAAGUGAAAUCUGAUCGCGUGCCAGGAAAAGCUGUGAGGCUGGAAACCCCGGAGUAACGCUCGACCUUGGCCAGACCUGCAGGCUGUGGAGCCGGGGGAGUGCGGGCGCAGCACAGCCGGGCCAUGGAGCACGCGGUGGCCCCCUGCGUCCUCUACCCAGGGACGGAGCCCGGGGCUGCGGGGGAGGGCGAGAGCGAGGGCGCCGCGUCCCCGGCGCAGACACCCUGCAGUCUCGGCGCGUCCCUGUGCUUCAGCUCCGGGGAGGAGUCCCCGCCGCAGUCCCUCGCUUCAGCGGCGGAAGGCUCGGCCACCUCCCCGCCCUCCAGCGGUGGCCCGCGGGUGGUGGAGCGGCAGUGGGAGGCCGGCAGCGCGGGCGCCGCGUCCCCGGAGGAGCUCGCGUCCCCCGAGGAGCGCGCGUGCCCGGAAGAGCCCGCGGCGGCGUCCCCCGAGCCGCGCGUUUGGCUUGAGGACCCCGCGUCCCCCGAGGAGCCCGGAGAGCCCGCGCCCGUGCCCCCGGGGUUCGGGGCGGUGUACGGGGAGCCGGACCUGGUGCUGGAGGUGUCCGGGCGCCGGCUGCGCGCGCACAAGGCGGUGCUGGCGGCGCGCAGCGACUACUUCCGCGCGCGCGCGUCGCGGGACGUGCUGCGGGUGCAGGGGGUGAGCCUGGCGGCGCUGCGGCUGCUCCUGGCCGACGCCUACAGCGGGCGCAUGGCGGGCGUGCGGCCCGACAACGUGGCCGAGGUGGUGGCCGGCGCGCGCCGCCUGCAGCUGCCCGGCGCCGCGCAGCGCGCCACCGACGCCGUGGGGCCGCAGCUGAGCCUGGCCAACUGCUACGAGGUCCUGAGCGCGGCCAAGCGGCAGCGGCUGAACGAGCUGCGCGACGCCGCCUACUGCUUCAUGAGUGACCACUACCUGGAGGUGCUGCGCGAGCCCGCCGUGUUCGGCCGCCUGUCGGGCGCCGAGCGGGAUCUGCUGCUGCGCCGCCGCCUGCGCGCCGGCCGCGCCCACCUCUUGGCCGCGGCGCUGGGGCCGGCGGGGGAGCGCGCGGGCAGCCGGCCGCAGAGCCCCUCGGGGGACGCGGACGCGCGCGGGGACGCGGCCGUCUACUGCUUCCACGAGGCGGCCGGAGAGUGGCGCGAGCUGACGCGGCUGCCCGAGGGCGCGCCGGCGCGGGGCUGCGGCCUGUGUGUCCUCUACAACUACCUCUUCGUGGCGGGCGGCGUGGCACCCGCGGGCCCCGACGGCCGCGCGCGCCCGUCAGACCAGGUCUUCUGCUACAACCCGGCCACAGACACCUGGAGCGCCGUGAGGCCCCUGCGCCAGGCGCGCUCGCAGCUGCGGCUGCUGGCCCUGGACGGCCACCUCUACGCCGUGGGCGGCGAGUGCCUGCUCAGCGUGGAGCGCUACGACCCGCGCGCUGACCGCUGGGCCCCCGUCGCGCCGCUGCCCCGGGGCGCCUUCGCCGUGGCGCACGAGGCCACCACCUGCCACGGCGAGAUCUACGUGUCCGGGGGCUCGCUCUUCUACCGCCUGCUCAAGUACGACCCGCGGCGCGACGAGUGGCAGGAGUGCCCGUGCAGCAGCAGCCGCGAGCGCUCGGCCGACAUGGUGGCUCUCGACGGCUUCAUCUACCGCUUCGACCUGAGCAGCAGCCGCGGCGAGGCGCAGGCGGCGGGGCCGGGCGGAGUCAGCGUGUCCCGAUACCACUGCCUGGCCAAGCAGUGGAGCCCGUGCGCUGCGCCCCUGCGUCCCCCCGGAGCCCCCACGGGCCUGCAGCCUUUCCGCUGCGCCGCCCUGGACGGCGCCAUCUACUGCGUGAGCCGCGCGGGCACCUGGCGCUUCCAGCCCGCCCGGGACGGCGAGGCCGGCGGCGACGCAGGCCAGGGCGGCGGCUUCGAGGCGCUGGGCGCCCCCUUGGACGUCCGGGGCGUGCUCAUCCCGUUCGCUCUCAGCCUACCCGAGAGGUCGCCCCGAGGGGAGCAGGGAGCCGCGUAGGCCGGCGGGGUCGGCGGGCGUCUCCCUCGCAGGGGGCUGCGGGGCCCGGGUCCCAUCGAGCCCACGGAGGAGGACGCGGGGAGUCGGGGCAGCUAGCAGUGCUGGUGGUGUGGAUGCUUCGAAGGAGCCUCGAGGACGCUCUCAGGGCCGCUUCCGCUUUGCUUUCCUUUUGCUUCUCUUUGCUUCUAGGGGUCGAUGCCUUGAGACCCAGGUGGUGUGCGGAUGGGUCCCUUGACAGACUGGACACGGGACACAGAGAAGGCUGUGGGAUCCAAAGGGUCAUCCUCAGGGCACAGUGCGGGGUCCUGAGGCAGCCUGCAGCCGGCCCCGGGGUGUCCCGAACCCCGCAGAGCACCAAGGCUGUGCGCAGAAGCCUGGGACGCAGAAGUAGGUCGCCGCGAACUAUCAAGGGAAGCACGCAGAGAGGGUCACACUUUUUAUUUUUGACUUGAGAUUUAAAAUUAUAACUGAUAAGUAAAGCUCUUUCUAAUUUAGUUGAAAAUUUCAUACCAUGUGCUUGCUUUGGUUGGCUCAACUCCAAAAAGAGUAAUUUAAUAAGCAUUAAAGGUAAAAUCUUUGAUUACCAGUAAGGUUUCUUGUCCAAUAUGCAUUGGAAGUAUUUCUUUCCCCACACCAUUGCUACUCAAAUUCACAUGUCUAGAGCAGCUCCGGCGCACUGUUGGACCGACGGGGCUUUCAUAUUUUCAGUUUAAGGGAUGUUAACUGAUGUAGCGAUGAUUUACCAUUAUUUAAAUUUUAAGUCUUUAGUGGCGAAAUGUUACCAAACAGCACAUCAUAAGUAAGAAAAACUUACCGGGGUGCUUGUCUAAAGAGCAAUCUUUGAUAGCCCACUCCGUAUCCCCGGCCGCUUUCAUAUUCUGGAACAGGAUAAAAUAUUAUUCCUAAAAAACGGGGAAAAUCAUUUUGUUUUGACAGUUCUAUCAAAAAAAAGUGUAGGCACAUUUUGAACUCACUGUUUAUGAUGUUUUAAAUAUGGAUCGUGUAGUUCUGAUGAGGGAGAUUAAUUUUUACAAUCAUUAUUCUAAGAAAGUGUGGCCGAGUGACAGUGGGCACAGUAAGGUUUAUAACAAGGAAAUGACAUGCUUAUCACCAUAGAUUAGCAAGUAAACUGCAUGUACUUAAUUGUAUUGAAUUAAAUUCCAAAAUAACCCUGAUAGAAUUAACAUGAGGCUCACUGCAUUGACAGGGUAUGAGGAUUAAAAACAAAUCAUUUGGGUCGUUUCUCAUUUGUUUUAACAUUUUACUUUUCAAGUGUGUACACAGAGGACUUACGAGUUUGAGGAUGAGAUUCAUGCUCACAAAUAGAGGCAAACAUUUGAACUCCGAAUCCAACCCGUUCUCUUACUGUAAGAGGAAAAGUAAAUGAGUUACUGGAAUGUAACUAGUUGAAAUCAUGCUUACUUUAAUAUUAUUUGUUUGUUAAUCCAGUGAUGGGAACUGCCAUCUCUGUAGAAAUCAGUGGGUAAUUGAAAAAAUAGGUUAUGCUUUUUAAAGAGUCUGUCGUUAUGAGAAGUCUCAGUUAAGUGUGUUUAGAAGUGAUCAGCUUGAACCUUACGCAUGACUCGGGGACUGGAAUUUAUGAUCUGGGUUAGAGUAUGUUCUGGGGAUGUGUCUGCUUGCCCAUGGUUACUCAUGAACUGAGGGGAUAGCUUGGCAACUUGGUUAAUCAUCUUGGGAAAGAAAAACAGACUUCAUAUCGCCUGACUUGAUUCACCUUUUAUAGGAGUAUACUGGAGAAAUGGUUGUAGAAACAGUAUUUACAGCAAAAGGAAACAAAUAAUGUUCAUUUUCAGCAACGUACCAUUCGCACUGUCCGGCCUUUUCCUCUAGAAUUUUAUUAUUAAUGGUAGAAAUUUUUAUAUGAGAGGGGACCAGGACCAGGCUAAUAUUUUCAGUCCUUAAAUAUCAAACUCAUAUGCUAUUAUCCUGUGAUUUUACUUGUGAAAUCAUUCCUGUAAUGUUUAUUGUUUGAAAAUGCAAUGUGGAAAUUGGGCUUCCAGAGUAACACUGUCCCGGCAAGAGGAUAUGAGAAGUGGCGGCUGCAGUCACGUGCAGUUCCUGUGGCUUUCCAGCAUUUCAUUUAGUGAAGGAAUGCCCACACUAGACGUAGCACAGCCUCCUGUGGGGCCCCGGCAGCAAAGCCCCAGGUACUCCCUGUCACCUCACAACAAAAUGCACGAAGAAACCUAAAGAAUAAGAGAAAGGAAUUAAUACCAAUCAUUAAAGGAUGUCCAGCCAACCUAUUGUGGAAAUAUAUAGAAUAGUGUACACCACGUUUCUAAAUAGUGAUAUCACAUAGAAACACAUACUAGAGGACCUGCCACGCCAUGAGCCACGUUUUUGCUUUUGGGGGGCCAGUCCCUGGGGUGUGGAGCUGCUAGGGUUUGCACCCAUGAAACAAAGAGAAAAGCCCCACCCUCCAAGGCUUUGAUUCUGGGACUGCUGCGGGGAGGGCAGAGGCAUCGCUGAGACUGCCUGGCGCCGGCUGAUGCCCCAGGUAGGAUCUUUUCGAAUUCAAAGUGAUGGUCUAAGUGUGCGUCCAACACUGUGUAGGAAAACGGUUGGUGCAAAAAUAUUCCUGGUCAUCCACCCGUUAAAAGAGUUAGAUGAGGCUAGUGCCUUGAUAACAGCUAUCCACACUUCUCAUGAAAUUAACCCAUAUACUGGGGCGUUUCCAAAUGUCUGAAAAGGCAGUGGUGUCCUUUGGGGAAAAUGUUAUGCACGGAAGCCUGACCUUUUGCUUAGUUGACAGCAAUCCCUUCUCUAUUGCCAAUCAAGGUUUAUUUGGGAUGCAGAGGAAUGAGCUUGAACCUUCCUCCUUUUCCUUCCGGUUUUAUUCUUCAUCUUGGGAACAACCCUCCACUCUGCACUGCUUCCUGCAGCUUUGUAGAGCUGGAUUUGGAACUUCAGGAUUUGGUUUCUGAGUCUGUGGAGGCACCGACUUCUCCUGUAAGAAAAUGAAUGCUGUGGAAAUCCUUUGGCUACUUAACUAAAACUCGUGACUGUAUCAGUUUGGCUACAAAUAAGAAGUUAAUCAUCUGCUCUGUUUCUGCUAAUUUCUGGUGUCACUUCAGUAAUUCUGGUAACAGCCAUUGAAUCUGUCGGUCACUUCCUGUAAACGAUUUGAAAAUAGGAUGUUUGCAGCGUUCUUUUGUCUUCCUGAAGUCAAGAUAGAUUCAAGACAUAAUCUCUUGUAAGAUCUUAGUAGAGCAAAUGUAAGCAAAAGUGCAUUUUUGUGUUCUUGUUAAUUUUAGAUGCUUUCCUAGCUUACAAAAAGUUUUAUUUUUGGGUUAAAAAUCAAUCAACUUUCUGAUUUUUCCCCUUCUGCAAUGUUAUUAUUCAUAACAAGAUAACACGAGCUGAAAAUGGAAAUCUGCAGUUGUUUCAGUUGCCUUGAAUUUCUUUCAGUGGCCACAUCAUUUCCACGUUUUCCACAUCCAGGAGGAAGUCUGGGCUGUGCAGCCUUCAGGCACCCGGCACAGACACUGUGUUGGCAGGUGCUUCAGACACGCCAAGUGAAUGGAUUUGGAUGGAACGCACAUAAAACAGGAGACGGGUUCUCAUGUGAGAUCAAAGCUCCUCCAAAGCCUAUUCAAGCUCUAAGCGAUUCUCAAAUGUUACCAUUUAUUAAAGGUACACUACACCUGUUGAAGGCCAAGUUCAGGCCAGCUGUUGUGAUCUGUGUAAUGUAUUUAUUAAUGCUUGAGUUUUAAAAUCCUGGGCAUAAAUAGUGCAGAGCCUUGUAUGUCUGUCAGUUCAUGCCGAGAUGAAAUAAAUCAUGCAGAAAGUGCCAGUGC